AUGGGCGCCUAUCUCUAUGGGCGCCUACCUCUAUGGGCGCCUAUCUCUUUGGGCGCCUAUCUCUAUGGGCGCCUAUCUCUAGGGGCGCCUUUCUCUAGGGGUGCCUAUCUCUAUGGGCGCCUAUCUCUAUGGGCGCCUAUCUCUAUGGGCGCCUAUCUCUAUGGGCGCUUAUCUCUAGGGGGGCGCCUAUCUCUAUGGGCGCCUAUCUCUAUGGGCGCCUAUCUCUAUGGGCGCCUACCUCUAUGGGCGCCUAUCUCUUUGGGCGCCUAUCUCUAUGGGCGCCUAUCUCUAGGGGCGCCUUUCUCUAGGGGUGCCUAUCUCUAUGGGCGCCUAUCUCUAUGGGCGCCUAUCUCUAGGGGCGCUUAUCUCUAUGGGCGUCUAUCUCUAGCAGCGCCCAUCUCUAUAGGCGCCUAUCUCCAGGGGCGCCUAUCUCUAGGGGCGCCUAUCUCUAUGUGCGCCUAUCUCUAUGGGCGCCUAUCUCUUUGGGCGCCAAUCUCUAGAGGCGCUUAUCUUUUUGGGCGCCUAUCUGGGCGCCUAUCUCUAUGGGCGCCUAUCUCUAUGGGCGCCUAUCUCUAUGGGCGCCUACCUCUAUGGGCGCCUAUCUCUUUGGGCGCCUAUCUCUAUGGGCGCCUAUCUCUAGGGGCGCCUUUCUCUAGGGGUGCCUAUCUCUAUGGGCGCCUAUCUCUAUGGGCGCCUAUCUCUAGGGGCGCUUCUCUCUAUGGGCGUCUAUCUCUAGCAGCGCCCAUCUCUAUAGGCGCCUAUCUCCAGGGGCGCCUAUCUCUAGGGGCGCCUAUCUCUAUGGGCGCCUAUCUCUAUGGGCGCCUAUCUCUAUGGGCGCAUAUCUCUAUGGGCGCCUAUCUCUAUGGGCGCCUAUCUCUAUGGGCGCCUAUCUCUAUGGGCGUCUAUCUCUAUGGGCACCUAUCUCUAGGGGCGCCUAUCUCUAGUGGCGCCUAUCUCUAG